AUGCGAGUCCUCCGGCGGCGCGCUGCCGCCAUGUCACCUAGAGAGAAACAUUUAGCGCUUCUCUCUGCCUUAGGCGUAGUUAGUUUUGCUCUUUAUUAUAUUCCUACUUUUCUUUACGCGACUUUACUUCUUGCAGUUUGUUGUAUUGUGUGUUACUAUCACAGCGGAGAACCGUUUCCCGCCAGGUUGGGCCUGAAUCCGCGGGCUGGGCUUAACGUCCCAGCCGUGUUUCGUCGCUGGUUGUGGGGUUGGGGGGUAACCGGCGUGUCGGUGGCCGCACGGGUGAGAACCAAGACUAGCAGAAACAAAACCGAGCUCCGGGAGUCCGAGGCGCACUUCAGAGAAAGGUUCGGUGAAAGUGCCAUCUAUCGGAGGGAAACCUUGGCAAGUGACUCAUUUCUUUUCAGCCCCCGGGAUUUCCUCAUGGGGAGUUACAUCGGGAAGCCCGAAAGUCCAACCGCUGACUCUGGGAGGCCGAGAGCAGGGAGAAACCCCCGAGAGCAACUGCGGGAAAAACUGUCCAGACCCAACCAUGCUGUCUAUACCCCGAACAGGAGGCUGUCAUUUGCUGGGGAGCCACUGGGCACAGUGGGAAGGUUCACCAUCACCCCCCAGCGUCACUACCCCCUGCAGCAGCCGGGUGUCUCCUCAGUGGGAGUCCUCCCACCUGUAAAGUGGGAUGGCUUCAGGAAGAAAAACAUCCUCAGUCCCCGUAACUCCCCGGCCGUCCUCAGCCCCGUCACUGUGAAGAUCGCCAGGCCCGACCACCACAGCAACCCCAGUUUGGACCAUCUGAGCUGCGCAGGGCUCCCCAGGGCCCCUGCGGACCCCUGCUCCAGAGAAAGUGUCCUCAAGGUGUUGAAGGAAAGCCGCAAGAGAGAAGUGGACGAUGAGGACAGGAGCUUCACAACUGAGCAGAGAAGCAAGAGAAGGCGUAACGACAGCGGAGGAAGUGCACACUCUGCCUUUGGGCCUCUUUUGCCGAAUGGAACACCAUCACAGCUGGUCCCUAAGCCGGGAAGCCUGAAAAGAGGGAUGACCUCACUGAUGGAGGAGUCCAUCUUGAAGAGGUCUCGUACAUCCUCCAUCAGCUCUGGCAGCGGUGUCCAUGCCCCAAGAGGAACCCCAGGCACCACGAGAAACCCAAUCCACAGCUCCUACAGCUCUUCCCUCGGCCUCAGCCAGUGGAAGAAACGGUCAGCACCCAGUUCUCCUCUGUCCAGCCCGGGAUCAUCUCGCUGUCAGACUCCAGAAGGAACCUCAAAAAGACCCAGAGAGGACGACGGACAGUCUCCCAGCACAGCGUCCUCAGUGAGGUCGGACCAGGCGGCCUCUGAAAAGGCACCUGCAACUUCCAAACUGACUCCAGUCCCCAAAGUCCCAGUGACUACCUCGACAGACUCUACUGGUAGUGGUGGGAAGAGAAAACGGAAGAUCCAGCUGGUGUCCAGCCACCGGAACGAUCACAUCUCUCUGCCCCCACCUCCAGAGCUGGGCUACACCAUCACUGUGAAGGACUUGGACGAAGAGAAAAAAGCUGCGAUCAGCAAGAUCCAGAAGGUCCUGGAGACGCCUGCCCCAGAGCCAGAGAAGUCUGUCUCUCCCCCAGCCGCCACCUCCACCCAGCCCGCCUCCUCCACCAGCUCCACCACCACAACCACCCUGAGCAGCCUCCUGGCAGCUCCUCUGCUCGCAACCUCCAGCUCGGCCAUCCCAGUCAUAAACCUGGACCCCGGCCCAGGCAGCAGUGUCAGCACAGCACCUGCCUCCAACCCGCUGCUGGAGGCUCUGAAAAUGAAGAGCAGCGGUCCAGCUAGCUCCACGUCUGCCGCCAACACGACUACAGCAUCUGCAUCAACGACACCGGCUCAACCCUCCGGCUUAAACCUGGCGGCUUCGACUGCGGUGGCCCCACAGCUUCCUCCUGCCCCCCAGCCUCAGUCCUCCUCUGCCAGUGUGGAGCAGCCGUCUGCCUUCACUCAGGUGCUGGGCCAGGUCUCCAAGGCUUCCAGCAGCACACCUGUAGCAGGAUCAGGCCUGUUUGGACUGGUGAGCCAGCUCAGCGCCCCCGCUGCUUCCUCAGCCUCUAUCCCGGUCACAGCUACUGCUCCAGCCAGCAGCGCGGGGUCAGUCAGUAACACCAACCCUCUGCUGGCUUCAGGGUUCAAGCCCAUCUUUGCCGUCACCACCACCUCCUCAGCUACACCGACCGCAGAGAGCAAACCUUCUGUCCGAAAUUUCAAGCCCAUCUUUGGAGAGGCUGCUGCUGGUGCUGGCUUUGGAACGCCUCCAUCCCUCACCACCACCUCCACCACCACCAACAACAACAACCCCCCAGCCUCUACAGUUUCUUCAAGUAGUGUGUCCUCAGUGUUUGGAUCAACAAGCAGCACCACUGUUUCAUCAGUCCAUAAUCCAUCAGUUUUUCCUGGUAUGACCAACACCCCCACAGGCACAGCCUCCACCGGCUCCAUCACUGCCAAGCAGCCCACAGCCCAGCCAGCUGUGACAUCCUUCUUUGGAAACUGGUCCACACCAUCUACAACAAGCACCAGCUCAGCUUCAGUGCAGGCCCCUAAUACAGGGAGCACAUUUCAGUUUGGAACUGCUACGACCACGACUGCAGCUGCAGCUGUGCCCGCCGCCGCCGCCACCACCACCUCCAGCAACAGCACCUUCGCAUUUGGUGCCACGCAGCCAGACCCUCAAGCUGCAAACCAGAAGGUGUUCACCUUUGGCCAGGCGGCACCCGGCCAGAACACAACCACUGCUUCGUUCGGAGGCUUCGCCAUGGCCAGCACCGCCUCCACCACUGCCGCCGCCACCACCCAGUCCACGUUCACCUUCGGAAAGUCUUCGUUUCAUGCGCCAGCAGCGCAACCGACCUUCGGCUCCUCAGCAGCACCGCCGCCAAAACCGUUCACCUUUGGAGGCAGCGGAGCCUCGUCCACACCUGCCUCUAACCCCGCCCCACCCCCUUUUCCUUUUGGUUCAGGUGCUACCACCACAUCAUCCAGCUUCGGGACCCCAGCUAAACCAGCGUUUGGAGGCGGCUCCACUGGUUUUGCUUUCGGCGGCACCGCCACUCCCGCGGCCGCACCGAACUUUGGUGCAGCCACCCAGACUCAGAGCUCCUCCUCGGCCACCUUCACAUUUGGCAGCGCUGCUCCUCAGCAGGCCCCCCCUGCCCCUGCUCAGCCUGCACCCAGUGGAUUUAACUUUGGCGCUGCUAUGCCAUGCCCCCAGUUUGGAACACCAGUCACCAAUAACCCCGCACCGCAGAUGGGAGGCUUCAACUUUGGGGCUGCUGCUACUGACAAACCAGCUUUUGGGACGUCAACCCCAUCCUUUGGCCAGAGUGCUGCUGCUGCUGCAGGUCCCAUUCCCUUCGGAAGUCCUGGAACUCCGGUCCAAGGCUUCAGCGCUGUUCCUUUUGGGACUCCGGCGACCCCCUCCUUCUCCAUCGGAGCCGGAUCAAAGCCAUCCGGAGCGCGGCAGAGGCUGCAGGCACGAAGGCAGCACAACAGGAAGAAGUAACCUGCCGCAGGUGUCCAGCACCGCACUUCAGAGGACUUCAGCUGAUGCUGCUAUGGCUAAUCUGGCUAACAUCGCUCUGCUAUAAACCCAACCUCCCCCAAACAGGCCGCCACCAUGCCCUCUGCCUCCCUCCCCUCCUCCAGUGGGUUGUGCUGGCCCCAAACAGUGUUUGCAGAGGAGUUGGAAAGAGCGCACCAGCUCGCUGAGUUAAUGCCGCCUGGAUGACUACAUGACCCAGAAAGGGAACGUAGCAGCGAGGACGCAGGAUCCGCAGCAAUGUACAAUACUUGAAGAGGGAAGAAAGACAGCCGAGUAGUUUGAUUCUGAACAAAAGCAUAUCCAAAGUUCUCGUUCCUUUACAGUACGCGGACACUCCCAUUGGUUCGUCUUAAGGAGAAAGUUGAGUCGGGUGGAGACGCGGAGCCUUGGCUCAAACCUUUAUUUUUUUACGUGAAGUGCUCACUGGUUUGUAUGUUACAGGAUAUUCGAGUACAUAAUCUGAAUGAGUCUGAACGGAGCGACGUGCACAGUCGAUUCAGAUGAGGUUCACAACACUGCAGUGUAAAUGUAAAGUUAUGAGACGUUUGCAUUUUAAAUUAUUUUUUUAAUUGGCUCUCUGACCCUGUAAAUGAAUGAUGUGUUUCUGCACUUAAAGGCAACUUCCGUCAAUGUCUUACUGUAGGUAGUGCAGACCCUUGUGUUCUUGUUUCAUACUCAUUGCAAGCAUUCCCAGAGUCCCCUGUGGACGGCCUUUUUUUUGAUAGUGACUGCCAACACUGAUGGAAUUAGCAGGUCAGCGUGUGGUUAGGACGACUGCUCUCCACGUGUGCUGACGAACCAAAGCCAAUUCUUCAACUUCACGCCUGUGAAAAGAAUCUGUGACGUUUAUCUCAUCAAUCCUGAGAAGUGUUUGUUUGUGCCAGACUACCUCUCCUUACUCCAGGCACUGAGUCUGUGUUAAUUCAACUACUGUCAGUGCAGAUGUUUCUUAGAAAUAGCGAGUUUUUAAACAUCUGCACAGCAACACAUUAUUCCCACUUCUGAAAUAUCACAGUUGCAACAGGUUACACCACAUUAACAUCAGAUUUACUAAAACUACGAUCUAUCAGAUUGGAAACUCUUAAUGUUUCUCACUAUGAUGCAGGAAUAUUUAUAGUGUCUAAUGUCUCGGACUUGCACCGUAAGUUGAGGAAUUUUAAGAAACGUCAGUAAAUCCACUGAUGUCAGUGGUCACAGUGAUUUUAUCCAAAUGAUUCCUGUUCUCAGUUAGUCACCUCCUCUUGUGAAAAGUGAGCAGAUACCUGAUGCCGUUUUUGAUGGUUAACUUUGAAUUAAUAAAAACUGAAUUUUGGACGUAGAUGUUCCAACAAG